AAGGUGAUGUGUUAGUUUCCUCUCUCUUACUAGGCGCACUCAUCACGCUCUCACUCUCAGCUCCUCCGUCCAAUCGCCGCCUGCCACCGUCGCGCGCGGUUCCGUUCCACGACUCCUCCGCUCUCAGGUUAUAGAAUUUGUGGUUAGGUGGAGAAAUUUUUAUUAUUUUUGUCAAAGCAUAUUUGGUUUUAAAAGCAAAAAGGCAAACAAGGUUGGUCCUAGCCCUGGCCCUAACCCUGGCAGAAUUUUAAAAAACUUGAUAAUUUGGUCCAUGGGUUCCUGGUCUCAUGGACUCUCGCAACAUAGGGCUUCAGAUUUAGUGGACUUUUUAGCCUCAGAUCAUAUGGGCUGCUAGGCAUGUUUUGCUAUACUGACUGCUCUAAUUGUGAUUUGAGGAUCAGAAGAGGAGGGAAGACAUGGGUGCCAAUGAGAACAAUAGUGCAAAACCAAGAGCACGCCCAAUUGUACGCUUAGGGAUCUUUCUCAUCUCCCACAGCAACAUUGUUAGUGUGGUUUGUUUCACAGCAGGGGUGGUGGCUCUUCUCCUUCUCCCUAUCCUUGCCAAGAACACCUACAUUUCCGAGAAUGCCCUUAUGCCAGGUUCCGCAAACAACAUGCUAUCUACUCACCAUGUCUCGGAUGCAAAUAAAUUCAUCAAGGACUUGACUGAUUUGGAGUUCAGAUCUGGUUCCUCACCAAUCGAGAGUCAAAAACUUAUUGCACAUUAUAUGUCAGCCUUGGAUGCUGAGGUUACUUUUCACAAGUUUUACCCUCAAUUCAAUCAUUUCCAUCCACUGCACUUCUUUACCAGUCCCGAUUCAGAUAUAAUCUCAGAAAAUGCAACUUGUUCUUCGUUCGGAAUUAACACUUUUGGAAUUAUCAGAGCACCACGUGGGGAUGGCAAGGAAGCUAUUGUCUUGGUGACGCCUUAUAAUCCAAAUAAAGUUGGUCUGGGUGAGGCUUUGUCCUUGGGAAUUGCUUAUUCAGUUUUCUCACUGCUUUCGCAUGUUACUUGGCUGGCAAAAGAUAUUGUAUGGCUUGUGGCUGAUUCACAAUAUGGAGAAUAUUCUGCAGUGGCUGCUUGGUUAAGAGAAUAUCAGGCUCCUGCAUUCCGAAGAGUUGACAUAGUUAACAGUGAAACCUGUAACGAGAGCAGCACAUUUAAUGAACUUGGACAAGAUCUUUAUUUGGAUGGAAAGUUAUAUGGUGGUUUUAGACGUGCAGGAACUAUGGCUGCAGCUCUUGUAAUUAAAGUUGCAGAGCAAGGUAACCAGUAUGAAGACAGUCUUAAUAUUUAUGCGGAGGCAUCCAAUGGCCAGAUGCCAAACCUCGACCUUAUCAAUAUUGUAAAUUAUCUAGCAGUGCAUAAACAAGGGUUGCGGAUAAAAGUGAAGAAGAUGUGGUCUCUGCUUGGUUCCAAGUGGCUCAAUACUUUGGGUGUUAUAUUUGAAUCCUUGGGUCGAAUUGCUAGAAGCUUAAACCCUCAGUGGAAGUUUGGCAUUCCUGCUACUGAGUAUGUUGAGGGUGCUGCUACAUUGGCAAGUUCAUUGUAUUACCAGGGUUUGGGUGUUCCAACUGGUCCUCAUGGUGCUUUCCGUGAUUAUCAAGUUGAUGCAAUCACUCUGGAGAUUUCACCUAAAGUUUCUCUUACUAAAAUGAUCAGGCGUAAUGAAUUCAUUCUCCGUGGUGGAAGGUUAAUUGAAGGAGUGAUACGUUCAAUAAACAACCUUCUAGAGAAGUUUCAUCAAUCAUUUUUUUUAUAUCUCUUGACAUCUCCUAGUAAAUUUGUGUCGGUUGGAGUUUACAUGAUUUCAUUUGCAUUACUUGUUGCACCACUUCCAAUAGUUGCAGCAUAUCUCCAUUCCAAUGCUAGUAAUUCUACUCCCCAAAACACAUCUGCCCUAGAAGUUGAUGCCAGCCACAAAUCUUGGAAAUGGUUGAAUUCGGCUAGAAAGGUUUUGGUCAUUCAUUUAUGGGGUGUUGUUGUCUCCUUACUCCCGUUUUUUCUAUGUCAAGUACCCAAUACCACCCCAACAACAAACUUUAUAUUGUGGGGUUCGCUAUCAGCCUCUAGCUUGCUAAUUUUAUACUUGAUAUUGGGUUCUCCAAUUUUUGAAGCUGCUGUAUCUCUUCAUGAGAAAAACAAGUGGGCUAGCUUAAAGUCUGUAACUAUAUCAACUGCAUUCAUUGGUUUGUCUCUCAUGUCCGUCAUUAACUUUGCUACAGCAGAAAUUGGGGCUUUACUUAUUGUCCCGAUUUGUCUGUUGGCUAGACCAUUGAAGCUUGAUACUCAAGCUAGGAGCUGGAGAACCUUACUAAGGGCCUCUUGUAAUCUCGCUUUAGGUUUUAUUGGGUUUCCUCCAGUUGCAUUUGUUUUACUGAAAGGUGCAUUUGAAGACUUUUAUGGUAUUAAUGUUAGUGACUAUUGGAACUGGUUGGAAUCCCUCUGGGCUUGGAACAGUGCUACUUACCUCUAUAUAGGUGUAGUUCACCUGCCAUGCUGGGCACUCUGUAUUAACAUUUUAUUUCAUCCAUGUUGACAUGUACUAUUAGUUAGGCAGACAAGCAAGCAAUUCAUGUGGGAAAUUUAUUAUCUUGAUGUUUAUGUUUUCUUCCUCAAUGAACAUCAUUCUUCUUCUCUGCAAGUAGUUAGGCCAAGAAGACUUCUGGGCAUUAGGGAAGGAGAAAUGUUAAGUGAUGACCGCAAUAUUUUGGAUCUAAUCUUGAUAUGGAUGACUAACGUGUGGAUGAUUGUUGAGCCUCAAGCCUGAUGUGGCAUAAAAUCUGAAAAAGUUGAAGUUGACUAAUAGACAUGGAGCUGCGAGGGUUUAGAGUUAAUUUAGCAACUUAUUUUUCUUAGUGGUUUAUUGUGGCACUUUGGUGUGGCUUGGCCACAUGCCAGCUCCAAGCAUCUUUACUUUCUAGUUGAUUCCGGUGUUGUCCCUUUUCAAGUUAAGUGAUUUGACCUGGUUGAGAAGAGAAAACAAGAACAGCUACAAAAACUCAAGCAGCUAAAGCAUUUAUCUUGCGUGUCACAUACACACAUGCGGGGAGCUGAGGCAAUAUUGGAUAGUGAUUCCUCUACAUUCGAACGAGUCACAAUGAUUCACCAUUUGGAGAAAUCAAGUUCCCAUGAUAUGUAACAACAGGUAUUGUCUCUUGUAAGUGGAUUUCAGGGGAAUCCAGUCAUUCACCCCUCAGUCUAACCGUGACUUUUGCAAUUGCAUUAUCAGAUGAUCAUUUGAGUUGAAUUUUAGUUGUUAUUUAA